GUAGCAAAAGUUGUAAAAAUUAAUUCUGGGUAAUAAAGGAAUUUAUUUUCUGACCGGCAACCAUGAUGAAAGCCGUGGUGAUCGUGUGUCUUGCCGCUAUGGCGACCGCCCAGCAGCAGUUCGUGUGGGACCUGCUGAAGCCGGCGCUGAACGCGGCGGAAGUGCAGGCCAUCUUAGCGAACCGCGACGCUAACCAGUACCCUGUGUACAACGCCAUUCCGCAGACGGGCUUCAGCUGCGCCAGCAAGAAGCAGCCGGGAUUCUACGCCGACACCGAGGCGCAGUGCCAGGUCUUCCACCGCUGCGACAUCAACGGCAACCAGACCAGCUACCUCUGCGUCAACAGUACCGUCUUCAACCAAGUCACGCUCAUCUGCGACUACUUCUUCAAUGUCGACUGCCAAAAGUUUGCUUCGUACGAAAACUUCGCCAACUCUCGCCUGUACACUGACCAGCCCCUCUUCGACACGCCCCCAAAUGACUAUGUCCCGCCCGGUGUGGGAGCCCCCCAGAUUCUGGCGGCGCAACCUGCCGCGCCCCGUGCCGCCCCCUCCCGUGCCGCGCCCAAGAAAGCUGCUGCGGGCGGCAAGAAGGGAUGGGCUACGUAGUGAUUUGUACGUUUCUUAUGUCUGAAUGAAGAAGGAGGCGAUUGCUAAUUACGAAUAACCAAUGGUCUCAAUGGCGAUUAAAUAAAAAUCAGACGCGAACAAAA